UAUAGAGUCGUAUUGGUAUCGCAUCGAAUAGACUUAGUUGAGUGUGGGAAGAUGAGAAGUGUGAGCCUGAGACCAGAGCUUCACAUUCCAAUUUGUUCUUCAAACCCUCCAUCAUGUGUCAAACCCAUCAAAUUAGUGGUAGCAUCAUCGUAUGGGAAAAAUUUGAAAAAUCCACCUUCCAAAUUUGCAAUCACUCUUAGAGAGCACAGAACAACUUUGGAGCAUGCGGCGAGGUUGCCAUUACUGAAACAUGAUUCCGGUAUUGUGGUAAUGGGAGCGGUGUGUGUGGUGGGGAUAUUGGCGGUGGUUCUGAGCGAGGAAAAGGCCUUGGCUUUGGGCCCAGAAGGCCCACUUGUGGAAGAGUUUUGGGACAACGUGAGGAGAUAUGGACUCUACGCUCUCACCGUCAGCACAGGUGCCCUUUACACCAUCUUCCGCCCUAUAGCAGAACUUCUCAAGAAUCCCAUUUCCGCAAUUUUCAUCCUUGCUCUUUUCGGGGGUUCAAUCUUCAUUGUUUCUCAAGUCCUCUCUGCCAUGGUUGGUGUUUCUGAAUUUUCUUACGACUUUGGAUACUAGACUACCUCCAAUUAUAUUAUAUGCAAAAUAAACCCCUUUAUUUAUACGUUCUCAUCUUAUUAUUACCGCUUGCUCCACUGCUUCCGGCUAGUCGGUAAAACCCAAAAUAGUAGGGAUUAGAAACUUUCUUUUACAUGUUUUGUUUAGGCUGUUUAAGCAUGGCAACGGGCUUGAACCCGUGGAGCUCAAUGUCCCCAUUUUAACAGAAAAUCCGAAGGGUCGAGUUUGGGUUUUUCCCACGGUGUUCGAAGUCCGAUCAGGAGUCACUCUCAAAUCCACCCAUAUAUAUUGAAGCCCUGAAACGGAUUUCUCAAUUUUCACUCUCACUCACCAAUACUACUCCGCCGCUUCUCCGUUCUCACUCCCCAAGACCUCAAGCCAGAACCCUCUCGCACCUCCCAGGCCAACAUUAUCGCACCUCCACGACCAACAACAACAACCUUCUCGUACUUUUCACUCCUCCAAUGAACAUCGUCAGCCUCGAUCUCACAUUUUUUUCCCGUUUCACGCUCAUAGCUUAGUUUCUCCUUCUGUUAUUUUUUCUUUAGGGUUGGGAUUGAUUUCGAAUUUGGGGGUGUAGGAUUGUUGGUAUUUUCUUUCAAAUUUUGUUAAUUUAAGUUGUGAUGAUUCUUGUUAUGCACUUGGAUUUGGAUUGAUUUCUUCAAUUUGUCAAUCCUAUUUGGUUGGGGUUUUUGUGUUUUUGUUUUUAAA